AUGCCCAGACCAAGGAAAAGAAUAUUGAUUCCCUUGAGUGGGCCUGAAGAAGAAAAAGCACCUUCAACACCUCGAAAUAAAAGAAACUCCUCACUUAUGAAAGUAAAAACACCUCCAAAAAAAAAACGUGCAGUAGAAUUGGAGAGUCCUUUGGAGCGUGCAAGAAAGCUCUUGCACGUCUCUGCGGUUCCCGAGUCUCUUCCUUGCAGAGAAAGUGAAACUUCUCAAAUCCUAAGUUAUGUUCAAGAAGCCAUUAAAGAAAAAAAUGGCACAUGCAUUUACAUUUCAGGCACUCCAGGAACUGGUAAAACUGCGUCUGUACGAGAAAUCAUCAAGGUUUUGCAGGCUAAAGUCGACACCAAGGAUCUUAAUAGAUUUAAAUAUACUGAGAUCAAUGCGUUGAAAUUAUCUGAUCCUUUAAAAACAUACUGCGCUCUAUGGGAAUCAUUAUCUGGUGAAAAAGUGUCCUCAAAUCACGCCAAUUCUUUAUUGGAAGAAUAUUUUAAAAGUUCUGCUUCGAAGAGUGAUCCAUGGGUGGUGUUUAUAGAUGAGCUUGACAUGCUCGCGGCUAAUCAGUCAUUAAUGUAUAAUUUAUUCAAUUGGCCAAAUGUUCCAAAUUCUCGGUUAAUUCUAAUAGCUGUGGCAAAUACCAUGGAUUUGCCGGAAAGAAUGACACAUAAAAAAAUUUCUAGUCGAAUUGGUCUUACACGAAUCAAUUUUACCGCAUAUAAUCAUCAACAACUCAUAAAGAUUUUAGAGUCGCGACUUGAAGGUAUCGAAACAUUCGAAAAAGAUGCGAUAGAAUUUGCCGCUAGAAAAGUGAGCGCCUUCUCUGGAGAUGCAAGGCGAGCUUUGGAUAUAUGCCGACGCGCCGUCGAAAUUUUAGAGUCGAGCCUCUGUAAAACUAGUGAUAACGAUGUCCCAAACUCGAGCACACCCAAAAAAAAAGUAACGAUUGCUAUUAUCGAUAAAGCAGUCAAGGAGAUGUUAAAUUCUCCAAGUGUCACCUUUGUUCGGCGUGCAUCGUUGCAUCAAAAGCUCUUCCUUUGGUCAAUCGUGGAAACCCAACGACGGAAAGGUGCAGAUGAAACAGAAUUCCGAGAGGUGGCACAACACCAUGAAACCUUGUGUAUGAUUCAUAACAUUGAAAAGCCCUCCUAUUCUGAUCUCUCCGCUGUUUGUUCUUUUCUUUGUAAUUGUGCUGCUAUCUUUGCACAAGAUGGACGGCGCGAUAUAUAUCGACGUAUACGUUUGAACUGUGUCUCUGAAGAUGAUAUUAUCUUGGCGUUGAAACAAGAAAGAAUCUUUAAAAGUAUAGUUAAAUGA